AAUUUGAUAAAAAUCGAUAAAAAGCCUUUGCAUCAUCGAAGUUUUGAUGAAUAUGUGCGGCACAAAGUCAUUCCUUUAGGGCUCGCGUUACAUAGCGCUCCGUUCUCUUACUGACUAAGACAAGUGGAGUAAAAUGUCUGAUGAUACUAAACAAAAUGGAGGCAAUGCCCCUCCGAGUAGAAAGCAGAGUAUGGCCAACAGCAGGAAAGCAAGCGUAUUCGAAAAACCCUUAGAUCUCGAUGAUGUCCUGGUUAAGGAGUUGGGACAGUUCGGAUGGUUCCAGUUGAGGAACAUCGCCCUCGUCGCAAUACCUAUCAUUAUGUCGGCGUUUAUGAGUGAAUUCGUUUUUUCUGCGGCAGCUGUCCCACACAGAUGUCGUAUACCGGAAUGUGGAGAGGAUGGAAAAUCGCACGAAUAUGAUCCUGAGUGGAUAUUAAACGCUGUGCCGGAGACAAGUUCAGGAUUUUCGAGCUGUCAGAGAUACGUUCCCCGAGGUCUCGGCACAAACGGCACUCUGGAUUAUUGUCCUGCUGAUCUCUUCAACAACUUGGAGACGGUUGAGUGUGAUGGUUACGUGUACUCAAGAGAUAACUCCGUCGUAUACGAGUUUGAUCUCGGAUGUCAGGACUGGCUCCGUGCGUUAGCUGGUACUCUUAACAGCAUAGGAACAUUACUAGUGCUGCCGAUCACUGGUUACAUUUCCGAUCGCUUCGGUCGCAAGUGGGCUCUGAUAAUUAGCGUCCUUAACUUGGGUGUCAUCGGCCUCAUCCGCGCCUUCUCCGUCAAUUACACCAUGUACAUGAUUCUUCAAAUCGUACAAACUACACUCGGAGCGGGAACAUUCAGUUCUGCUUAUAUUUUUGCUGCUGAACUCGUUGGCCCGAAAUAUCGUGUAAUCACAAGCGCGACGUGUUCAUCGAUGUUUGCGGUCGGACAAGUUAUACUCGGCUCGGUGGCUUGGUUGAUUCAACCCUGGCGGUACAUGAUAAUGGCUCUUCACAUUCCCUGUUUACUUAUUUUUAUCUAUUACUGGAUUCUGUCAGAAAGUGUAAGAUGGCUCCUUUCUAAGAAGAAAUUCUCUGAAGCGAAGAACGUACUGGAGACCGUUGCUAGGGUAAACAAGACGCAUAUCAGUGAAAAAAGUUUGGAAGCGUUGAUGAACACAUCGCAACCAUCCGUUCCAGCUGCAGAAGUAUCUGAUGUUGAAAAGCCAGGAUUGAUUCGGAAUGUAGUGAGUUCUCCAACUUUACUUCGACGAGUCUGCACCACUCCGAUCUGGUGGAUCACCACUACCUUCGUCUACUACGGCCUGUCCAUCAACUCGACUGGUCUCUCUGACACAAUGCACUUGAAUUAUAUUCUGACGUGUGCUAUUGAAAUUCCCGGCUUUUAUACCGCAGUUCUCGUACUUGACAGAAUCGGUAGAAAGGCCACUCUCUCGAUAGGAUUUUUCUUCAGCGCUGCAUGCAACAUAGUCUUCGUCUUUAUUCCUAACGAUUUAUACGUUCUGCGUUUAAUAAUCUUCUUGUUGGGUAAGUUUGGGAUCUCAGUAGUGAUGACUUCAGUGUACUUGUUCACUUCCGAACUGUAUCCCACUGAGUUCCGUCACAGUCUGCUCGCUUUCUCGUCAAUGAUCGGUCGCAUAGGAUCCAUCACAGCACCACUAACUCCUAUUCUUAUGGUUUACUGGCACGGUAUCCCCUCGAUGUUAUUUGGCGGUAUGGGUAUAAUCGCUGGUCUGCUGGUACUUACACAACCUGAAACUUUGGGUACGAAAAUGCCGGAUACGCUCGCUGAAGCUGAGGCACUUGGAAAGAAAGACUCCAAAUUUGAACAGUCGAGCUGAUUGUAAUGUUCUACGGAUCUGUAUAUAUUUAUUUAUUCAUUCAUAAGAAGUAGUUCAUACGCCUUAUGUUUUGUAAAAAAAACUCAAGUUGAACUUUAAAGCGAUAUCAUUUUAG